AUGCCCGAGCUCACGGACAAUGCCGCUCAUACUAACAAAACAGACCCGUUAGUGCCCCUGUGCCACAUCGUCACUCCCGUGGGAUGCCUUGGUUUCGGCAUCGACAAGGACAUCAUAGAUGCUGAGUUGGAGCGCCUUACGAAGACCGGCAUUCCUACUGCGAUCAUCCUUGACUCAGGAUCAACCGACUCAGGGCCGUCAAAGCUUGCGACCGGAAGCACCUCUGCACCUCUUUUCGCAUACAAACGAGAUCUGGGGCACCUGAUACCCCUGGUCCACAAGUAUCACGUGCCGCUGUUGUUCAGCUCGGCUGGCGGCGAUGGCAGCGGCAAACAUGUCGACGAUAUGGUUGAUGUGAUUGAGGGAAUACAGGAUGCCUCAGACAGCAAAUACAAAGCAAAGACCUUGGCUGUAUACUCAGACGUCUCGAAAGAUCUGGUCAGGAGUCGACUGGCAAGCGGCCACAUCACAGGAUGUGGACCGCCAGUCCCAACCUUGACCGAAGAUGAUAUUGCCGGCGCUCCAACCAUCGUCGGCCAGAUGGGUGCCGAACCCUUCCUAGACGCUAUCACCAUUCGUAGCAUUCAUGGCAUACGCUUCAUGAACGGCAAUCAACAACCCCUCUCAUCCCUUCCCCCCAGCGUCCUAGGCGGUUUCUUCCACAUCGGCAAGAUCCUCGAAUGCGGCGGCCAAUGCGCGACCCCCAAAUCCCGCCCCGCCCGCGCCACAAUCUACACAAACGGCACCUUCGACGUAGUCGGCCUCGAGCCCGGCGCCCGCUGCACCGCCCUCUCCGUCGCCACACACACCUUCUACGAAAAAUCCCGGCCUGACUUCCUCCACGGGCCCGGCGGCAUCCUCGACCUAACCAACAGCACGUACACCGAACUCGCUGACGGGAAGUCCUGCCGCUCAUCCGGCGCCAUCUUCCGCCACUCCCUCGCCCAAGGCAACCCCUACACCCUCAAACUCGAAGGCGCUCGCACCAACGGCUUCCGCUCAAUGUUCGUCGGCGUCUUCCGCGAGCCAGCCCUCACCUCCCAACUCCCCAAGUACUUCCCCCGCCUCCACGCGUAUGUCUCGCAACAGCACGCACACCUCCCCCGUGGCGACUGGGAUCUGCUACUCCACCCCUUCGGCGCGCUCGGCCAGAACAGCACACCUUUCGGAGAAGUCUGCAUCGUAGGCGAGACUUUCGGACGCACCCAAGAGAUCGCGAACAGCGUCAGCAACGCGGCGCGAGUGGCGUGUAUCCACGGGCCAUAUGAGGGACAGAAGGCUACGAGCGGGAAUAUGGCGUUUGGGAUUGCGGGGAAGACGGAGAUUGAGUGUGGGCCGUUUCCGCAAUUUUGUGUUUAUCAUUUGAUGGAGCUUGAGGGUGGCGAGGAGGGGGCGGUGGAGGUUGGGGAGAGUCCGAUUCGGGAAGGGAGGUUUGAUGCGCCGCCGAAGCCGCUGAGCGGUGAUAGGCAGGGUAAGGGGCUGUUUAGCUGGCGGACGGUCAGUAUUGGUGUGAAUGAGAAUCCGCUGCCUGAAUAUCCGAGGACACCGGCUGCUAUGAGCAGUGAUCGGCCGAGCAUCGAUGUUCAACCCCCAGCGAUCUCCUCGGCAGUCACAGCCGCCCUCCCCACCUUGCCGGAAGAUGGCAGCGACCCAACCCUCCUCGACCUCGCAUCGAUAAUCCGCUCCAAAAACGCCGGACCCUAUGAAAUCACCUUCGACCUCUUAUUCACCAACCCACAACUCUUCCACGCCUUGGCCAGCGCCAGCCCUCCCGUACUGUCCAAAUCCAUCAUCGCGAAGCUGUAUGGACUGGAGAGCGAGGAGCAGGUGGUAUAUUGUGGAUGGUUCCCACAGGCGUUGGGGUUUAAGGCGACGAUUCCGCGGGUUGGGUAUAAGGACGGGAAGACGGUGAGGGAGGUUAGUGGUGGGUGGGGGGAUGUGGAUGUGCAUGGGAGUCAGAUGUAUGGGCGGUUGGCCGGGGUUAGGGUGCCGCGGGAGCUGGUCGAGGGCAUCUUCGGCAAUGGUGUAGCUGUGGACGGGAAGGCGGACGUAGAAGUGAAUGGUGCGGUGGUGAAUGGUGCGAUCAACGGCUCUGGCACGGAGGAGAAGAAGGCUGAAGUGAAUGGCGCGGUGGUGAAAGGUACGAUCAACGGCACUGGGACGGAGGAGAAGAAGGCUGAAGUGGAUGGCACGGCGAACAGCACUGGGACGGUGGAGCAGAAGUAUGAGGUAGAUGCGCAGGUUGUGGAGGUCAAGGUCAACGAGGGUAUCGAGGCGCACGCUUGA